UAUAGACAAAAUAUAAGAACUUGUAUAUAAGAGGAGAGACAUAUAAUUAAAACAUAGCCUAAACAUAAACUUUUUGAAAAGCCACUUUUUUUGUGUUGUCUAUUCAUCGUGAAAAAUUACUCUCUAAUUGUUUAUUUGAGCCAUUUAGAGUUUUUUUUUCCUCAGCAAAUAUUGAUAUAUAAUUAUUUAUUACUAAUUAGAUAAAUUAAUGAGCAUUGAUAUUCCUAAAUAUUAGUCAGUAUAUCAUUAUAUUACCACUGGAUCCACUCCCUAAUAAGAGCAUCACUAUACAUGAUUUACAAAUAAUUGAACAUAAAUGAAGAUUUGUUAACAUUUAAUUUAAAAAGCAUAAGUACAAGUAAACUGUACUGGAAUUAAGUACAAAUAACAUAUGGUUUUAAACAAAAGAAUAUAACAGCUGUUUGCAGGGUUGACCUCUUGAUUUAAAACUUUCCAAGUAUGUUGGCCUGAGCUGCCGUGAAUAGUAUUGUGCAUGUCUGUCAUGUAUUUUUAUCUGUUUAGCUUGAGGCUCAGCUUUCAUGUUUCUAACAUACUGGAGGCCACACUGGCACGAGAUAAAGUGUGUGCAUGUGCGUGUCAAGACCUUCUUCUCAGCUCAGAAACAAAUUAUUUUAAAGGUGCUCUUCCAAGAUUUGCCAUACAACUUGCAAUGAUUUGCAGUCACUCAUAUCAUGAUUCGGUUCGAUAGACUAUACUGGUCUUGUGAUACAAUACUCUCACAAUAAUUUAAACAAAGCCUAAAUACAAUUAAGAUGGAAAAACAAAAACCUCUAAGACAUAUGAUAAUCAGUCAACAAAAAAUAUAUUAAAUACUCUUAAUAAACUCCCACUUUACAGCUUAAACAUGAAACACUCAACCAGUGUGUGCAAAGAUCCAUUUGGUACAUUAGAAAAGUCACUGAAAGCUCAGCAAUGUUUCCCUAAAUAAGAGCAGGACUUCCCCUAGCCAGCACCCAAGGCCAGGGCAGUACAUUGGGGGCUAAUUUUAGAGUAAUGAAUCAGCCUGCUCAUAAUCUAGCCCCAUUGCACUAAAGGGCACUCUCUAAUUCAGCCUCCUAACCUACAUGAAGAAAACAUUAUUAUUAUUAUUAUUUUUUAUUUUUUGCUUGAACCACUGCUCUGGAGAGGGACAUUUCUGAUAACCACUAAGACAAAGACACUGCUGCAGGCAAGGAAAGGGUGGAGCUUCUCCUCCACCACAUUUCAUUUGAAAUGCUAGACAUGUGAUUACGAUUGCCAUACCUUCACAUUAUCUGCCUCAUCCCAAGAGACUUGGCAAGAGCAGCUACUUGUCUGCAAGCAAGAUCAACUAAGCUCCGAAAAUGGACAAGAAGUUGGACCUGUCCAGACUAACAGAAGAGGAGGCCAAACAUGUGUGGGAAGUCAUUCAGAGAGACUUCGUCCUUAGGAAAAAGGAAGAGGAGAGGCUUGGGGAGCUUAAAUCCAAAAUUGAGAAGGAAGAAACAAAGAGGGAACUCCUGGGGUCUCAGUCAAACCUGACUGACUCUCACUGUAUCCACUGCCUGCAGCCCUUUAAGUUCCUGAUGAACAGCAAACGGCAGUGUAUGGACUGUAAACUCUACACCUGCAAGACCUGCAGCCGCUACAACAAAAAGGAGCGUGGCUGGGUAUGCGACCCCUGUCGUAUGUCCAGGGUCCUGAAAAUUGGAACCUUGGGGUGGUACCAUGACAAUGUGCGCUCUCGCUUCAAGCGUUUUGGCAGCGCAAAAGUGAUGAGGUCACUGUACAAGAGAUUAAAUGAAGAGGGGCACCGUGAUGAUGACACACAGAGCAUGCCUGAUGUGCGCAAUGUAUAUAAUGGUCAUGAAGAUGAACAUUUGGAUGCAUCUGAAGCUCAACGUUAUAAGCAGAUGCGAAAGACCAAGCGUCUUCUCUCUGUCCACCCCAUGGAUCUUGACAUGGAUGAAUAUAGCACUCACUCUCGCAGACAGUCUGUCCAGUACAUCCAUGAAGACAGAAGUCAGCGGAAUGAUGUAGAAUACAACUCUGACAUGUACCAUCACCAUCAUCAUCGCAUGAACCGCAGGAAAAGUCUCGACAAGUUCUUGCGCCCAGAUGAUGGCACACACUCUGAACACAGAAUGGUACGUGCUCGCUCUCUCUCGAAAAUCAACUCCUCUGUGGCUCCACGCCAGAUCUACCUGGAUACUUCAGAGGAGGAGGAUAUGUUCCGUUACCCCGUCUAUCAGCUGCCCCCACGCCGCCGCAGUCGAGCAUCAUCUCAGGAAAACAUUCAUCAGAGUGCACCACCGAUCAAUGAACUCAGCAAGAGGAUGUCUGCCAUCGAGAGUCUCUUAAAUCGACUGGAAGAGAAAAUUACUUUGCCUUCUGAUCAGCCUGUCCAGCCCACAUCAGGGCAGAUGGAGGAGGAGAAGCUGAGGAGAAAACUAGAUGAGCUGAUGAGUGACAAAGCGCUUUCCUCUGAUGAGGACGAGCCGAAGAGGCCUCCUCAGUCCAAAGGGUCCGCUGUGAGGGGGAACCAGGCACCAGUGGCCCCUGCAUCCCAAGAACCCCUGAGCUCGUCCAGUGAUGAGAUGCCCACUGAAGCACAAAAGAGAUCCACCGCGGCGGCCCUAUGCGACAUCACAACUGAGAUUCUAAGAACAAUUAAUGCCACAGAAAGCGCUAUGAACGAGUUGGCCCCCUCAAAUCCUAAUGACAGACUUCAGUUAGCGGGCACAGAUCUUAAGCAGGCUGAUGAUGCAUACAGGGAACUUGAGGAAAAUGUGUACAUGAGUGCAGGGAAGUCCUUCGAUAUGGCGAAAAAAUUGCAAAUGAUUGAGCAGAAUACCAAGAAUCACUACGGCAGCCCUUUAACUGAUUCAGAGCUCUCUGAACUGGAGGACCAGGUUGCUUUGGCAGCUUCCAAAGUUCAGAGCACAGAAAGUGAGGUCUCAGACAUUGAGAGCAAGAUAGCUGCUCUAAGUGCUAAAGGAUUAUCAUUUGAUAAAGCCAAGAAAAAGGCACUGAGUAUACAACAAAAAAGGAAGUUUUCCCAAGACAGAGUACACUUUUAAGUGUAAACAGGACAUCAUGUUAAUUUCUUUAACAUUUUACAUAUUCCCUAUGUCAUGCUAUCUGUGCCUAUAUUACUAUAUUACUUCACCAUAUGUUCAGGAUUUUCUGACACUGAUCUUGACUUAAUACUAGUAAACCCUUUGUCUUGUGUAAAUUGUAUUAGGACUACUUAAUCAAAUCCCAAUCUAGCUAAAAUCGAUAUUAGUCAAAAUAAUGAAACAGUUUACAGAAAACAGGUGUCAAACAAGUAUUCAUGCCAAGAAAAAUAGGAUUCAUUUCUGUUAAUGUCUUUGUUUUCCUUGCCUGUUUUGUUCUUCAAAUUGC